AGCCGCUUUAGGAGUAGCGAGGUUCAGAGCCGUUGCUGCUGCCUGCGAUCAGCUCCUGGAGUUUGACCAACAGCACUCUAGCUCGGCUUCUCCGGCGCCGCCGAGAUGCUGUCCUGCCGUCUCCAGUGCGCGCUGGCCGCGCUCUCCAUAGUUCUGGCUCUGGGCGGUGUCACCGGCGCGCCCUCAGAUCCCCGACUCCGUCAGUUUCUGCAGAAAUCUCUGGCUGCUGCCGCUGGGAAGCAGGAAUUGGCCAAGUACUUCUUGGCAGAACUGCUCUCUGAACCCAACCAGACAGAGAACGACGCCCUGGAGCCUGAAGAUUUGUCCCAGGCUGCUGAACAGGAUGAAAUGAGGCUGGAGCUGCAGAGAUCUGCUAACUCAAACCCAGCCAUGGCACCCCGAGAACGCAAAGCUGGCUGCAAGAAUUUCUUCUGGAAGACUUUCACAUCCUGUUAA